UGUACCCCGAGACUCAUAUGUAGCCUGGUCCCAGAGGGACAUGUUUGUACAUUAUCUACCAACACACAGUCUGUCGUUUUCUGCAUCGUGAUAUCUUGGUUAUUAUUCCUUCAUUAUGUUGCUGCGAAGUAGUCUUGGGAAGUUCGUAUUUCUGAUCAGCGGAGCAUCAUGCGCCAGACAGCAUUUCCCUCGAGCUACUCUAGGAAGUCUGAAUGCAACAACCACAAGCGAUUUGUAUCCAAUUAUGCCAACAUGCUGCUACUUAGACUCUUUUGGCGUAGGUCUCGUUUUGUGGUGGACAAGCAGUGUCGAGGUCACAGUAGCGACAAUAUCCACCAUCGUAUAUCAAUAUGACAACACAGCAGUGACGAGCUAUAAAACAAUCAAGGCCAACAAUACACAGUCACUUCCAACUGGGGUGUUCAACAACUUUGGAACCAUUACAAUCAGCGGCGUACCUACCAAUAUCAUUGGCGAUGAUUUAGCUGGCUACGAAGCAGAUACUACGCUAAUAACUGGUACUGAGUUCACUGACCCCUACGGUGUUGUUUACACUUCUCCCACUCCUGUAUGGGUUUUCAGUGAGGUGACGUACUACACGGAAGCACCAACCACUACUGGCUCCGGCUAUGCUUGCCCGACUCCUUCUUUCGACGGUGUAGGCGAUGGUUUACAGGUAUACCCUUCAGGAUACUUCCAGGCCGACAACGAUACAUCGUAUUGGCAGAAUAAUACAGGAGAGAUCUUCAAGGCAGGGAUUCCCAUAGGCGUGAAAUACUGGGUGGAAGAUCACAUCCCUCCAAAUAACAGCGAUGACACCUACUCAGAAAUCGGAAAUUGCACAAUGGGAUUUGGUGACGGGAUCCCGACUGCGCAUAUACCUGUCACCGAACUCACUGCUAGCGCCAUUACAACCACUACUAUGACUGGUAACCUCGGAGGUAUUUCGUCAACUGAAGCCUCUUCGGUGCUUCCAGCUUCUAGCACUGGACCAGGAGAAACAAAUUCUUCUCCGGGCUUAGGAUCUGACACCACAACCGGAAAUCCCCCCGGUGGAACCGAGUCUCCUUCUUCAAGUUCUGGGGUCGUCACGUUACGAACAUGGGGACAAAAGCUCUGGCUCAGGAAACUCGGGAUCAGAGACCACAGCGGCAGCGGAGGAGGGUCGAAUAGCGCAUCUGCUGGGAAUGGAAAUGGGGGUGGAUCUGAAAGCACGGCUGCUGGUGCGGGAUCAAAAAGUUCCCAAACCACAGGUGUGGGGGUGGGGUCCGGAGGGAACGGAAUUACCAUCACAUCUCAACCAUCGUCAACAAUAGCCCCCAUCUUCACAGCUAAAGGAGUGACAUUCACGGGAGACUCAGCCACUGGCUUCCUCAUUGGAAGCUUAACUCUUACACCAGGUGGCACCGUUGUUGUCUCUGGCUCGGGGACAGCCUCACUCAUAACAUACGUCCUUCCCACGUCUGGCUCUGCAGUAAUUGUCAACGGAGUUACAGAAGCCUUGUCGAGCAAGACCGUAGCAGCAGCUACUACGACCCCAUUCAUUGUAAUUGGUUCCUCGACCUACAUCGCCAAUUCAGCUUAUGAGUAUGUGAUUGAAAGCCAGACAUUGACGGCUGGGGGUGUUGUGACAGCAAGUGGAGAAACGUUAAGUCUGGCUUCGGGAGGGCAGACAGUGGUGGUUGUCAGUGGUACAAGCACCAAGACGGAAAGUCUGGGUGGCAUCAUCGCAAGUGUGGGAGGAUUCAAGACUGGGACUGCGACACCAAGCUAUAUCACCGCUUCUAAAGGAGGUCUAUCGAAAAUUCUGGAUUUCUGGGUGUUGACCGCUGCAAUAGGCACGGGCUUGGCGGCUGCCUGGCCACUGUAAUGAUUAUGUUUACGAUUAACACGCACAUAGGCGAAGAUGCUUUUGUAUAUAGAGAUUGGAGAUAGAUAAUGUUUGAUGCACCAAUGAAUACGAU